GGGAAGGACAGCUGUUACAAUAUGAUGCAGUGUGUUGCUGCUGGGCAUCAGAUUGUUGCUCUAGCCAAUUUAAGACCUGCAGAAAACACAGGGCAGACUGAUGAAUUGGACAGCUAUAUGUACCAGACAGUAGGACACCAUGCAAUUGAUCUAUAUGCUGAUGCACUGGAUUUGCCACUCUAUCGUGGUUUCAUAAAGGGUACCAGUAUAAAUACUGGAAGAGUGUAUACUAUGUGUGAGGAAGAUGAGGUUGAAGACCUUUACCACCUCAUGAAACUUGUUAAGGACAAAGAAGGAGUGGAGGGUGUAUCUGUGGGAGCCAUUCUUUCUGACUACCAGAGAGUUCGAGUUGAAGAUGUAUGCAGAAGGCUUGAUCUUCAGCCUUUAGCUUACCUUUGGCGUCGGAACCAGGAAAUAUUGCUUAAAGAAAUGAUAUCAUCUAACAUUCAAGCCAUAAUCAUAAAAGUGGCAGCUUUUGGUUUAGAUCCAGAUAAACAUCUAGGAAAAACUCUGGAUCAGAUAGAGCCUGAUCUUUUGGAGCUUUCUGAGAAAUAUGGAGUCCAUGUCUGUGGAGAAGGUGGAGAAUAUGAAACAUUCACUCUGGACUGCCCUCUAUUUAAGAAGAAAAUUGUUAUAGAUUCAGCCAAGGUGGUUGUGCAUUCAGCUGAUGCAUUUGCACCUGUGGCCUACCUUCGUUUUUUAAAAUUACACCUGGAGAAUAAGGGGGAAUCUCCAGGUGCGUCUGUGGUCAGUAGCUGUUCUUGUGAGGUAAGCUGCGAUGAUGACUGUAUUUUCCCUUCAUCAGAAGAGGAUGAACCACAGAAGAACAUUCCGGUCAUCUGGAAGUCUUUGAAAAAUAAUUCUUUGGAUUUCACUAAGAUGUUUGGAAAUUCAGGAAAAUCCGUGAGUGGUUACCAGUGGUUUUCAGGUAUCACUGCCCAUCUCCUUCCAUCAACAAGCAAAAAUGCUCAAGAGGCAUCAAGGGAAGCAUUUACUUCUCUCCGAGCUAAUAUGACUUCAGAGGGAUUGAAACUGAAGGAUAUUAUUUUGGUUCAUCUGUAUAUGAAGAGCAUGAAAGACUUCAAUGUUAUAAAUUCAGUUUAUGUGACAGAAUUUGAUUUGUGUCCACCAGCAAGAGUAUGCGUGGAAACCCUGUUACCUGAUGGAGUACUGUUUUGCAUUGACUGGCUUGCACAUAAGUACGACGCUGCAAUGGAUGAUGUGUUACGUGAUGAAAAAUUGGUCAUGCAUGUACAGAGCAUUUCCCACUGGGCACCUGCUAGCAUAGGACCUUACAGUCAGUCCAUCAAGGUUGGAGAUGUUCUCUACUGUGCUGGACAGAUUGCUCUAGUACCUUGUACAAUGCAGCUUGUUAGCGGCGGCAUAUGGACUGAGGCCGUAGUUUCCCUCCGUCAUGUUGAGCGAGUUCUUCAAGCUAUGAGCCAGAAGACCACACUCCACCACAUCAUUGCAGCCAGCUGCUAUGUAACUGACAGCAAGCACAUUCCUAUUGCUCACUCUAUAUGGCAGAAGAAAUUAAGAGAAUGUAGAAAG